AUGGGCUGGUUCGGCAAUCUUGGACUGGCGUGGAAGUACACCUUGGUGUUCGGUGUUCUACUUCUCGCUACCUUAAUAGCCGGGGCUAUCAAAGUAAUGUUUGACCGCAGAAAACUCAAGAAGCACAUGAAGUUGUCGGAGAUUGAGUCUGCGCACGGCGGCAAGGAAGACCAAGUGCAGCUUAACGGCAGAGAAAAAGAUGAAGGGGAUUUGUUUGGUGUGAGGGCUAUCGAAGCCGGCUUCUUUGGCGGCGUGGCACAGUCUCGACCAACCUCCCUCGCUGGCACGCCCAAUAGCUCGAGACCCGGCACUCCCUCGAUGAGCUCUCAUACGCUUGUUGGCAGCUUUGCAUCUCCGAAGGUAGUUGCUUCCACGCCGUCUGCCAGCGUGACGAGUCUCCCGCUAGUCCGGACGCAUUCUGGUAUCAACCUGGACGCUGCGAGCCCGUCCAAAUCCCGAAAAGUCCCUCCCACUAUCAGCAUUAACGGUGGUGGCCUGCAACCUUCCCAUGCACAGAUCAAUGGGCGCAUAAACCACAGCAACACUGUCGACAUGAACUUGACUGUCCCACCCUCUCCUGUGCACUCGGAAACCCCUAGGUCUACCUCAACAUCACCAGACCCGGAUUCGCCUCGAUCUCUGUCCCCGCAUUCGAAUCACUCUGUGGACCUACGUACGAAGGCCUCUGAUGCCGCUCGCUACAUACAGGUAUCCCAAUCGAGCUCAACGCUAGAGUACUACGGGCAGCCGGUGCAUGCAGUUUCCGUCUCGAAGAACCGCAUAGCCGGUACCAGGUCGCAAGAAGCAUCCUUCGAAAGUGGGCGAGAAAAGUUCCAGAGCAACAGCCGUUCGGCUUCGCCGGGACCCGGGCAAUAUGAGCUCCCUACGAUGCCGCAAAGAGCUGUCCAAAACGUGUACCCGCGGUCAUUGUCGCCGAGUCCAGGCAGGGAGCAAGUGCGGGGGGCGCCAGUUGCCCCUUCUUCCACACGCAGUUCUUCUUCCAUAGGACCACCCACACAACAAGCCUCACAAAUCUCACACGCCCGUGAUCUCAGCACCUCGAGCAGCACGUAUAGCGCAGCCAAGACGGGCCGUCCCAGGGAGUCGCACGAGUCCGCCGCGUCCUUCAACUUCUUUACGACUGCGCCAGACGCCAGUUCUAAGAGCGCGACAAACCCACCCUCUCAAUCAUCGAGGAAUGGCAGCCGGAGGCCUAGCGAUGCUAGCAGCUCCGUAGGGCCUUCCGUGGCCGGGCGCACCAGCAACGACCGCUUCAGCGACUUCUUCGACGCCUAUUACCGCAACUCGCACAUCGCGGUGGCAUCAAAAGCAGAAGCUCCCAAGCGGCCGCCGCAGCUGAGCGUCAUCAGGCAGUCGACGCUUGAGGAAGUGCCGUCGCCUGAGCCUUCUCCGCUGCCUGAUGCUAUUGAUUCUAGCAGGUUUUUGUUGGCGAGGAGCUGA